AUGGACGUCUUGAUUGCCACACGCCGCACCAUCCCUGUCAAGUUCAAUGUCGUUCGACAUCUGCUCUGCGAAUUUGAAGCCGAAGUAUCACCGCAACCCUUAGAUCCUUCGACUAUGGUCUGUGGGUUCUGCCCGGCACUGGCUGUCACGUCUUCAUCGUUUAAAGACCUCGCAAGACGCAAUGGCUUAACCCUCAGAUCCAUCCCAUUCCAGCAUACGAUCCAGGUGUUUGCGAGUCCCACCGCAGCCAUUGCCUCCGUGCCUCCUUUAAGCCUUCCGGGCGAAAAUUCCGGUAAGGAAUCUGAUAUACCGCAAUGUGCAAACAAGAUACCGUGUGCGCUUGAAGCAUUCAACAGCGGUGGCUCCAACCAGACGGUGCAAGAUGUGUGCAAGAACAAAAGCAUGAAAACUCGUGUAACAUAUUGUGUUAACAAGGUUUGUUCACUAAAAGAAGGACUUGAAUUCGAGGGCGCUGUCGCGUCAAUAUGCAACGUUUCCACAAAAGACGACCGCCAGAUGUUUCGGUAUAUCAUCAUCGUCUUUGCAUCGUUCUCUUUCACAUUCGUGUUUUUGCGCGUAGCAUCUAGAUUGAUCGUCAAAACACCUUGGGGACCUGAUGAUACGUGGGCUAUGAUAGCCUUUCAGCGGAACUGGCAAGCUACUCCGUCUCCUCAAGAAAAAGGUCUUGCUCUGACAAUCUUGCAGCACAUGUUUAUUUGGCAGAUGACUUCCAUUUCAGGUCUUGCUGCAGCCAAAAACUCGAUUUUAUUUUUCUACCUACGGAUAUUCCCCGACGAUAAAUUCAGAAUUAUGGUCUGGUUGACGAUAGCAUUUAACUCGGUGUCAACGAUAGUCAUCGUUGUCCUCAACCUUACACUGGGAAACUCUGUAGGGAAGAUAUGGGCUGGUGGGGCAGAUUUAACUACCAGUUUCCAGACCUAUAAUGUCAAUUUCAAGAUUGGCUUGGCGAACACGGCGGUGAGCUUUGUUCUGGAUACAUGGAUGCUCAUUUUACCAAUGACGCAACUCUACAAUAUCGGGCUAAGACAACGUCAAAAGAUCAAAGUAAUAAGUAUGUUUGGCAUGGGUAUUUUCCUCACUGUGGUCAGUCUUGUCCGGCUGGUGAUGCAGUUAAAAAUCCUUCCUAUUCCGAGGGUAACAGCUUGUGGCCCCCCUACAAAUCAGCUUGUCCAAUAUAUCCUCCCUCGGAUGAGACAAGGAACCGAAGCCUCGUCAGAUGCGAGUAGCGGACCUGUGUUUGUCGAUCGCUCUCUUGUGCCGAUUAACAAAAGCGACAUUGCACAGACGUCGGGUACUGAUGGGGGAUUAACUGCUACAACAAUGAGUAGUACAGCUAGAGACAUAAUAGUUGGUAUAGCUCAGUAUCUGGGAUCUAAGUGA